GCAUCAAUCUUAGCUGGUAUAUAUAGGCCUAGUUCAACACAGGUUUAUCCAAUCUUCACAAUGAUUUGGUGUGUGGCUUUCAUAUUUUGCUUUGGGCUCGUCAGGGCAGAGACUCCCUUUGACUUUAGAGUGCACAAUAACAGGGUGAUAGGGGGCAGUAAUGCUAAACCACAUGUCUGGAAGUGGCAGGUGUCUCUGCAGCUAGAUUCUAACAAUGAUGGCUCAUACUUUCACAUCUGUGGUGGUAGUCUUGUGGACACGUUUCAUGUUCUAACCGCGGCUCACUGUAUCCUCAGCUCAAAUCCUCAGCAGUACAGAGCGGUGGUGGGUGAGUAUAACUUGGACCGCUUUGAGGGCACUGAGCAGUUCCUCCGUGUGCACAGUAUUUUUGUGCAUCCUCAUUGGAAUGGAGACCUUGCCCUUGGCAAUGAUAUUGCUGUUUUGAGACUGGCUGAUUCCCCAUAUGACAAUGGUUAUAUUGGGAUUGCCAAUCUGCCUUAUUCAGGAGACACACUGCCUAAUGGCUUUGAGUGCUUUAUCACUGGCUGGGGUCUUACAGACUUUGCAGGCAGUAUUCCGGACAUCUUGCAGGAGGCGCCCAUCCUCGUGGUGGAGCACUCGGUGUGCUCUCAGCCUGACUGGUGGGGCAGUCUGGUUCUGGAGACCAUGGUCUGUGCUGGAGGAGAUGGGCUCAUUUCAGGAUGCCAGGGUGACUCUGGCGGUCCCCUGAACUGUUACACUGACGGGGCCUGGAGGGUCCAUGGUGUGGUCAGUUAUGGUCCUGCCGGCAUGUGCAACCAGCUGCGCAAACCCACGGUCUUCACCAGAGUGUCUUCUUUCAUUGACUGGAUAAAUUUGGUGAUGUAUACUUAAGUUCAUCAUUUUGAACCCAU